GAGGCGCUCAAGGCGGCGGGAUUACAGAAGGGUGGGUGGUUAGGACCUAUUACGGAUGGGCUGGAGUCCGCGCUCGAGGGGAUCGAUAGCGUCUUGGACGGACGGGUGCCGUACUCUUACGGGUUUUCCAUCAUCGUGUUGACGGUGCUGGUGAAGCUCGCGACGUUCCCGUUGUCCAAGAAGCAGGUGGAGAGCUCGAUGCAGAUGCAAGCGAUGCAACCGCGAAUCAAGGAACUUCAAGCGAUGUACGCGAACGAUCCGGAGCGAUUGCAAAUGGAGCAAGCCAGAUUGUACAAGGAGGCGGGCUUCAACCCUCUCGCGGGGUGCUUGCCAGUGUUCGCCACGCUUCCAGUGUUUAUCGGGUUGUAUCGCGCGUUGAGCAACGCCGCGUCCGAAGGCUUGCUCACGGAUGGUUUCUAUUGGAUUCCUUCCCUCGGUGGUCCGACGUCCAUCGCUUCUCGUAACGCGGGAAGUGGCUUCGCCUGGCUUUGGCCGUUCGUCGACGGUCACCCCCCGCUCGGCUGGCACGACACCACCGCCUACUUAGUGCUCCCGGUGUUGCUCGUGGCCUCCCAAUACGUGUCGCAGCAAAUUGUCAGCCCUCAGCCGAAGACCGAUGACCCGGCCCAACAACAAAGCCAGGCCAUUUUGAAGUUCCUUCCGCUCAUGAUUGGUUUCUUCUCUCUCAACGUUCCGGCCGGUCUCACCUUGUACUGGUUCGCGAACAACAUCAUCACCACAGCCCAGACGCUCAUCCUCCGAAAAACGACUACGGCGCCCGAGCCGCCCGUCGCAAAGUCCGGUGCUGCUGGU